CUUAUCAUCACAAUCCAAACUCUCUCCCUCUCUCUCUUCUCUCUCUCAGUUAACAUAUCUCUCUCUUUAACGGCGAGGCAAUGGGUUUUCCGGUGGGUUACUCCGAGCUCCUUCUCCCAAAAAUCUUUCUUUACUUGCUCUCUUUCUUAGGUCUGAUCCGUAAACUCAUCUCCACAAUGUUCAAAGUCAUUGGUCUACCUGACUUCUUGGAGCCUGAACCACUCUCAACCUCAUGGCCCGACCCACCACCACCGACCUUAACCAAACCGGAGUCAGCAGCGAUACUAGCCGGAGAGAUGUUGCCGGUUGUUAAAUUCUCGGAUCUAAACCGACCCGAAUCCGAAUGCUGCGCGGUGUGUCUCUACGAUUUCGAGAACGAAGACGAGAUCCGACGGCUGACGAACUGUAGACAUAUAUUUCAUCGGGGAUGUUUGGACCGUUGGAUGAUGGGUUAUAAUCAGAUGACGUGUCCGCUUUGUCGUACACAAUUUAUACCUGAUCACCUUCAACUUGAGUUUAACCAAAGACUUUGGUCUGAAUCUAGUGGAGCUUCUUCUCAACUUGUUGAUGAUGAAUCAUCAUCUCAUGAGAGGGAAUAUAUAUAUUAAUUAUUUUAAAUUAUUUUUCUUCUUCUUUUUGUAUUUUAGAAUUGGGUUUGGUGGGAGAUGGAUGUAAAUAUUUUUUUUUUUAAAUAGGUAGUGGUUACAGGUUUAGUGAAAAAGAAAAAAAGAGACGAAGAAGAAGAAACAAUUUGUAUUAUCCAUCCCUGAGAAAAUGAAAUUACAGUUUGAGUUAUUAAAAAGUUGUAAACUUUUUUCUUGUUAAGGGAAAUAAUAAUAAGCUUAUUUGCUAACAAA